CUCCGCCGGCGGCUCCUGACUCAUCGGGGGCUCCGGGUCACAUGCGCCCUCCCGGCCCUAUCGGCGCCUCCCCCCGCCGCCCGCCGCCCGCCGCCGCCUGCCGCCCGCCGCCCGGGAGCAGCAGCCGCCUUCGCCACUCCCGCUCUCUCUGCGCCGCUGCCACCACCACUGCCAGCCCCGCCGCCACCGCCACCGGCUGGGUCCGCAGCCCCGAGGAGAUCCUAGGCAUCAUGUCCAUAGAGAAAAUUUGGGCCCGGGAGAUCCUGGACUCCCGUGGGAAUCCCACGGUGGAGGUGGAUCUCCACACUGCCAAAGGUCUUUUCCGGGCUGCGGUGCCCAGUGGAGCUUCCACCGGUAUCUACGAGGCCCUGGAGCUAAGGGAUGGGGACAAACAGCGUUACUUGGGCAAAGGUGUCCUGAAGGCGGUGGAACACAUCAACACCACCAUUGCCCCGGCCCUCAUCAGCUCAGGUGUGUCUGUGGUGGAGCAAGAGAAGCUGGACAACCUGAUGUUGGACUUGGAUGGGACUGAGAACAAGUCCAAGUUUGGGGCCAAUGCCAUCCUGGGUGUGUCCCUGGCCGUGUGUAAGGCAGGGGCUGCCGAGCAGGAACUGCCUCUUUACCGACACAUUGCCCAGCUGGCCGGGAACUCAGACCUCAUCCUGCCUGUGCCGGCCUUCAAUGUGAUCAACGGUGGCUCUCACGCUGGGAACAAGCUGGCCAUGCAGGAGUUCAUGAUCCUCCCGGUGGGGGCCGAGAGCUUCCGGGAUGCCAUGCGACUUGGGGCGGAGGUCUACCACACACUCAAGGGCGUCAUCAAGGACAAAUACGGCAAGGAUGCCACCAACGUGGGGGAUGAAGGUGGCUUUGCCCCCAACAUCCUGGAGAACAGUGAGGCCUUGGAACUGGUGAAGGAAGCCAUUGACAAGGCUGGCUACACAGAGAAGAUUGUCAUUGGCAUGGAUGUUGCCGCCUCGGAGUUUUACCGCGAUGGCAAAUAUGACUUGGAUUUCAAGUCUCCCGCUGAUCCUUCCCGAUACAUCACCGGGGACCAGCUGGGGGCCCUCUACCAGGACUUUGUCAGGGACUAUCCUGUGGUCUCCAUUGAGGACCCCUUUGACCAGGACGAUUGGGCCGCCUGGUCCAAGUUCACAGCCAACGUGGGGAUCCAGAUUGUGGGUGAUGACCUGACAGUGACCAACCCCAAGCGAAUCGAGCGGGCGGUGGAGGAGAAGGCCUGCAACUGUCUGCUGCUGAAGGUCAACCAGAUCGGUUCGGUCACUGAAGCCAUCCAAGCGUGCAAGCUGGCCCAGGAGAACGGCUGGGGGGUCAUGGUGAGUCACCGCUCCGGAGAGACUGAGGACACGUUCAUCGCUGACCUGGUGGUGGGGCUGUGCACAGGCCAGAUCAAGACUGGCGCCCCGUGCCGUUCUGAGCGUCUGGCUAAGUACAACCAGCUCAUGAGAAUCGAAGAAGAACUAGGGGAUGAAGCUCGCUUCGCGGGACAUAACUUCCGCAACCCCAGUGUGCUGUGAGUUCCUCCCUGCCUGGAGACCUGGAACCCCCUCACUCCGUCCUCUUCCUGGAUCCUCUUCUUUCCGGUCCUGCUCGAAAUUUCCACCCUGACACCGGCUCACCCUCCGCGCUGCGCCUUGGCUGGUCUAGCCUUGCCGUCUCUGCGCUCCCACCCUCUGGGUUCCGCGCUCUCCGCUUCUCCCUCCUUCCUCUUCUCUGUCCUUGAAAACUGGCCAUGGACUGAGGACCGUAAGGGCAUCCGCAGAAGACCCAUUGGGGUCCCUGUGGAGCGUCUGGGUUGGUUGUCGAGGUGUGUAGAGGGGCCGUGUGUGCUUUGCGCUGAGUCCACGUGUUUCCAGGCUGCAUAUGAAGCAGGAACUGGGCAGUGCUGAGUGUGAGUACUGGGGAGGGCUGGCUGCCUGCUCAGGCCUGGUCUAAGGCUCCACUGUAUUAUUUAUUCAUUUAUUUAUUUUUCAUUCAUCUUGUUAAUCAAUCACUUCGCCAUUACUCCGGGGCCUGAAAACUGGCCUGACUGGAGUGGGGACCAUGUGUCUGUAUUUCACGUGACUGUAGGUUCUGAGAUGGCCUGGGGUGGGGGUCCUGCUGGAACUGGAAGGGCAGCAGAAAGGGGCCUCAGUGACGGCUCCUGGGCCAGAGGUGGGGCUGUGCGCCUGGGGACUUGUCCCCUGUCCCUCUCCCCCCAGCCCUAGCUUCCCCGUUCUUCCUCCAGCUGCACCCGUGCCAUGUUUCACAGCUGCCAGCACCUCUGUGGCGCUGAAAUGAACACUUCCAUUAAAGUCUGAGUCACCGUGCA